GCUCAUCAUGGAUUCACUUUAGACGACUUUAAUUUUCUAUUUCAAAAAUCUGACAAACCAGCCAACCCAUGUCAUUUCCUGGAUACUAGCAGGUGCAGAAACUCACAUGUGGUGUGUAGAUGAAAGAGGAAGUCUUGUCUGCACCACCCAUGCCGUAAUUCUGGUACUAUCUAUUCUAUCUCACACUCACAGAGAGAAGGACUUAUACUAACUGCUUUCCAGAAGACAACGAACAACACAUUUUGUCAACAAAUCAGCUCUGACUUUUCAAGCAGAUUUCUGCCUUUUUACCUCUCAUAAGCCAGAUCAACCACGUAGGAAAAGAGUUGUACUAACUUCUUUCCAGAAGACAGAAUGAACAACUCCUCUUGUCCUCAUGUUGACUUUGACUUUACAGCCAGAUUUCUGCCUCCUGUUUUCAUCUUAGUCUUCAUCAUUGGUGUGGUAGCUAAUGGAUGGGGACUGAAGUCUUUGCUCCACAACUGGAAGAAGCUGGGUAACGUCAAUGUGUUCAUUCUCAACCUUGGACUAACAGAUAUUCUGUAUCUGCUCACGCUCCCAUUUUUGAUGGUGUACUACUUUAAGGGGAGGAAUUGGAUCUUUGGAGAUACAUUCUGCAAAAUAACAAGAUUCUGCUUCAACCUGAAUUUAUAUGGCAGCAUCGGGUUCCUGACUUGUAUAAGUGUGUACAGGUACUUGGCCAUUGUCCAUCCAAUGAGAGUGAUGGGAAGAAUAACUGUCACUCACUCUGUGGGGAUCUCAGUCAUGGUUUGGCUGUUGGUGAGCGUUCAAAGUCUUCCAGACAUGUUCUACAGCAAAACAUCUGGAAACAACAUUGUGCAAUGUUAUGAUACCACCAGUAACGCCUAUGUUGAGGAUUACCUGAAAUACAGCCUUGGAUGGACACUCACUGGGUUUUGUAUCCCAUUCCUCAUCACACUGGGCUGCUAUGGACAUGUGAUUGUCGUUCUCUGCCGCACAAAUACCACCGACAAGGUACUGAAACAGAGAUGCUUGAAGUUGUUGCUCAUCACGAUUCUUCUCUUCUCUGUUUGCUACAUCCCCUAUCAUGUACUGAAGAACCUCAACCUCUGGUCAAGAGUUUUGUCUAAACAGAAUAUAUGCCGUGAAUGGUCCAAUGGAGUCUACAUGGCUCAACAGAUAAGUCGUGGCCUUGUGUGUCUGAACAGUGCUCUCAACCCUCUGGUUUACCUCCAUGGAAGUGAAGAUAUUCCUGCUCGGCUCAGACGACUACUCCAGCGUGCUCGUCGGAUGUUCAGCCAUCCGCUUCCAACAAACUCUAGUAGUGUGGCCAUGGCUUAGAUCACAUAUGAAGGUGUAACACAAGAAAAAUAGUAACAUGUUAAACA